AUGAAAAAAAAAAAUAACGUAUCCACAAAUCACGGCAAACUAAAAAACGCUGUGAAUCGUUAUGAUAUGAACUGUUCAUAUAAUUAUAAUGAAUACAAGAUCAAUAAUAAAAGUGGGAAAAAUAAUACAACAGGAGCAGAUAUGAAUAAUUAUAAGACUUAUGAUAGUGGAGGAGGAUAUAAUAAUACAACAAAUGGUCGAGGAAGUAUGAAUAAUAAUUCUGCUUAUAUCCAUGGAAAUACAAUAAGUAAUAAUAGUAAUUAUCAUUAUUCUUAUAAUUUAAAACAUAAUAAAAAUUCAUAUAUAUAUGAUUAUAACUCAUAUGGCUCAAGAAAAAUGUACGAAUAUAAGGAUAAACAUAAAGGGCAGGCAAGUGUAAACAACAUCAAAAGUUCGAAUAAUAAUGAUGGAAAUAAUAUUGGCACUAAUGAAGCUACUAAAAAAUUGAACGAUAAUAUUUCUAAAGCAAAUAAAGAAAUUGGAAAUAAUGUACAGAAAGAGGAUAAAAAGAAAGAAGGAAUGCAUUCAAAUAAGGAAGAUAAUAAAAAUGGAUUAACAACAACAAUACCUGAUAAUAUAAAUAUAAAUAAUUUAGAAAAUAAAAAAAAAGAAGAAAAUAUAAGUGAAGAGAUGAGUUUACUUCGAGAAAAAAUAUGUUUUAAAAUGCUCAAAAGUAUAGAUAUAUAUAUAAUUGAAAUUAUUAUGAAAUCGUGUUUUGUAACAGUAUACAAAAUGAACGAAACUGAAUUAAAAUGGAAAAGAGCAGAUAUAGAAGGUUUUCUUUAUAUUGUUAAAAGAUCACUAAAACCUUUUUAUAGAUUAAUUAUAACAAAUAAAAAAAAUGAAAAUCAUUUAUUAGAAGAUAUUAAUGAUAAUAUGAAUUUAUCAACAGAUCAAAAUUAUAUUUUUUAUAAAAUUUUAAAUAAAGAAAAGAAAUCAAAAAGUAUAUAUAGUUUAUGGUUUUAUAGUACAGAAGAAAAAGAAAAAAUAUAUUCAGUUUUAAAAAAUAUAGUUGGAAAUAUGUCUAAAGAAGAAAAAGAAAAAGAAAAAAAAAAUAAACAAUCAUAUAUAAAUUCAGAACAAUAUAUUUCUACUACUAAUGAUGAUAAUGCUAUGAGCACUGUUUCUAGAAAUAAUAUUGCUAAUUAUAAUAAAAGUGUUAAUUUUAUUUUAUCAAAAGGAGAUGAUAAUAAUAAUGUUAAUAAUGCAGAAGAUUGUUCAGAAGAAAAUGAAGCACGUAUCAAUGAUAAUGAUGUGUUGCUUGCAUCUAAUUCUGAAUUACCAUCUAUAUGCAAUUUAAAAAAUAUAAAUAACUGGUAUGAAGAAAAUAGUAUAAAUAAAGUAACAAUUAAAAGUAUAGAACAUCAAUAUCAUUCAAUUGAUGGUGUAAAUUUGUUAGAUGGUGAAAUAACGAACAUAAACAUGAGGAAUAAUGAAAUGGAUGAUAAUAAUAGUAAAGGUUUUGGGGGUAUUAAAAAAGAAUUUACACUUAAAAAUAAUGAAAUAAAUAAAAAAAAUAAAAAUGUAGGAUCACACACGCAUGAUAAUAGUAUAAAUGGUAAUGAACAUUUUAUGGAUAUGAUAAUUAAACCAAUGAAAAAUCAAAAUAUGGAUUAUGGUAAUCAUCUUGAUGUUAUUAAUAAUGAAAAUAGUGAUAGUAUUGUAGAUAUUGAUCAAAAUAAAUUUUGUGAAAAUUAUAAUAAUGUAAAAAUGAAAUCAUAUCAAAAUAUCCAAGAAUAUAAUGACAAAGCUGGUCGUAAAUUAUUAUAUCUUAUUAAAGGCCUUUCAGGGGAAGAAAUAAAAGAAGAGUUGGGAAAAAAAUAUUCCCAAGAUGUUUAUUAUGAUAAAAAAAAUAUAGGAAAUAAUAAUGGGGUAUGUAAAAUGAAAAAUAGUUUAUUUGAUGAAAAAAGUAAUUUUUUUUCGAAAGAAAUUAGUGGGAAAACAGGCGGAGAAGCUAUUAUGAAUUUAUUAGGAUUAAAUAAAAAUAAUGAUCAAAAAGAAGAAAAAGAUGAUGUAUCGAUAUUAGAAAUAGGUAGAAAUACUAGGGUAAUUGAUAAUGAACUUGUGAAAAUUGGAGAAAACAAUGAUGAUGAAAACGAAGAAAUAGAAAAUAUAAGAGAUAGAAUAGAAAUCAAUAAAAAUGGAAAAAAUAGUAAUAGUAAUAAUAGUGCAAGUAUCUGUCAUUUUAAUGAAAAUGAAGUAUCUGAAAGGGAAAUUUUAAUAAAUAAUAUAAUGAAAAAUGGGAAUUUAAAUAAUUCUUAUAGUAAUAUUAAUAUGAAAAAAAUAAAUUUACUAAAAAAAGAGCCACUAGAAAUAUUUGAACAAAAUAAAGAAUACAUGUUAAAUAAUGAGAAUACUACCAAUAAUAAUAAUAGCAAUAUAUAUGCUUAUUAUAAAAAUAUGUAUAAUGAUAAUGAAUGUAAUAAUAAAAAAAAUGGAAGGAAACAUAGUAAUGAAAAGUUAGAUGAUAAUGAACUAAUUGAAAAUAAAUAUUGCAAUAAAGAUAUAAAUAUAUUAUGCAAUAAUAGUCAAGAUGAAAAAGCUAUGACAAAUGCAUUGUUAGACAUUAUGAAAUUAGCAUCAAAUAAAGCUAUGAAUGAUCAAAAAAAAUCAAAUUUAAAAAAUCCUGAACCCCAUAUUCCAAAUAAUACAAACAAACCUAUGCAUAACAAUUAUAUAAAUUCUUACGAUGUUUUGCUAAAAAUGCAAAACUCAAUGGAAAAUGAAGAUAAUAUGACAAAUUCGAUGGUAAACAUAAUAUCAAAUACUAAUUCAUAUGGAUAUAAUAACAAUUUAAUGAACAAGCAUGAAAGUAAACAAUAUAAUAGCAAGCAUGAGCAUUAUGGUGAUCAUAAUAAUAUGGAUGAUUUUGAAAAUAAAAACAUAAUUUUAAACAAAAACACCAUAUAUAACGUAAUUAAAGAGACAUUACAAUCUGAAGAAUUUAUAAACCUUAUAUGGGAGAAAUUAUUGGCAAGAAAUAAAUUUACAUAA